ACAAUAACAAUUAACAAUAGACAGAAUAAUUAUAAAAUUAAUAAUAAUUAUAAUAAUUUAUAAUACAUAGUACAUACUGGUAAACAUAUAAAUCGUUUUUAUUCUUUUCAGUCGACGCAACCGCAGCGGACGAAUUAUAGCUAGUUACUUGGUUACGUCCGAAAUUUAUUGCAAGAAGUCAUCCGGUUGUCAAAUUUUAAUUCAAGAAGAAUACCACGACUGCUCGCGAGUUGAGAUCAUCUCAUUGAACUUAACCACGUAUUCGUUUCUAAACAUUAGUUCGCUGUAAACGAGAUAUACCAACGACAUUAUGAGUGACGAUCCAAAAAAUAUGGCACUUGCUACAAAUUUAGAAGCGUUAAGUUUAGCAAAUCAUGAUUUUUCAUUUUCUUUGUACAAGGAAUUGGCCAAAACUGAAACAGGAAAUAUUUUCUACUCUCCAUUCAGUAUCCAUGUGAUUAUGUUUAUGGCUAGUAUUGGAGCAGCUUCAAAAACUUUUGACGAAAUGAUAGCCACUAUUCAUUUAAAUAAAACUACUCAUUCUCUGGAAGCUUAUAAGAAUUUAUUGGAAGACUUAACAAGUGAUAGUGAUAAUCUGAAACUGGCGACUGGAAUGUUUGUUGAUACAGCUUUCAAUGUUAAAGAUAGUUUUGUGGAAAACUCUAGAAAAUAUUUGAAAUCUUCUAUGGAAAAAUUGAAUUUCAAAAAUGACCCAGAACAACAGCGUAAAUAUUUAAAUGAUUGGGUCUUAAGCAAAACCAAUAACAAAAUCAAAGAUCUAUUUCCCAAAGAUACCAUUACUCGAGCUACUGCCUUAGUAUUGGCAAAUGCUGUGCAUUUUAAAAGUGCUUGGGAACAUAAAUUUAAUGAUGCAGAAGACGAUUUUUUUUAUGUGACUCCAAGCAACAAAGUAACAGUCAAAAUGAUGACAUUAAGACAUGAUUUGCAAUACUAUCAUGAUAGUGACCUAAAAUUUGCUGCACUCGAAUUGCCCUAUGAACACCAUGCUUUUAAAAUGAUAAUUUUAUUGCCUGAUGCUAAAGAUGGUUUAAAAGAGCUGGAGAAUAAUUUUUCAAAAAUUAACUUGCAUGAUAUUUCAAAGAAAAUGACCCAGUAUCAUGUUACUGUUAAAUUACCUCGUUUCAAGUUAGAACAGUCACUGCAAUUAGAAGAAGUAUUAUCAAAUCUUGGAAGUCCAACAAUGUUUACACGAGAGGCAAACUUUACUAACAUUGUUGAAAAUGGUGAUUUGUAUGUGAGUAAGGUUGUACAUAAGGCAUAUGUUGAUGUCAAUGAAAAAGGAACUGAGGCUGCAGCAGCUACUGGUAUAAAAGUAACGUUCCUAAGACUUCCUGUACAACUACCCAAAGUAAAUUUUGUUGCUGAUCACCCUUUUGUUGUUUCUAUCAUUUCUAGAACAAAUACCAUUUUAUUUAUGGGCCGUUUAUCAAAACUGUUUAAAUUUUAUCAUUAUUAAUUUUCAGUUAAUAGUUUUAUGUAUAAUUAAUACAACAAUAAAUUGUGAACACUAUUUAAUAUUUUUUACUCAUAAAACUAUAAAAGUAUUAAGUUGGCGGGAGGUGGGUCAAGUGGCAAUCAUAAUGUUGUAGACUAAUUUUUAAUAUCCAAUUGUUGAAAUACCUACAUUUGUCUCAUUGUGUGUUAAAUAUUUUGCUAAACUAGCUUUGGUUGUCUUAAGUGAAUGUUAUUUUAUAUAUCAUAAUUCAUAACUAACUGUAAUUUAAUGUUAUGUUUAUUAAUAAUUAUUGUAGAACGGCUUAUAAUUAAUCGCGCGCUCAUUCGAUUUGCACAAAUUUGCAAAUUGCUUAUUUAAAUCUGAGAGUCUUUUGGCGCGUAUCAAGGGCGGAGUCGACGGUCGUUACGUCCUUCGGUAGUUUUUCAUGCAUUUAUAAUUGUAUCUUUAGUAAAACAUGUACGGUAUUUCGUUUUUAUAUUAUUCAUUUUUUUGCGUAUUACAAAUAUAUAUUAUUGCAAUUACA